GUGGCCAGGGGUGUGUAAGCGGACGCGUCACUCUCCGCCCGGCUGAGGAGGAGCAUUUUCUCACGCUCGCUCUCGGCUCGGGGACCGCUCGCUCGCCCCGCACUCUCGCUGGCCUCUCGUCUCCCGCACGCUCGUGUUGGCUUCGAGGGCGAGAUGGGCGAGACGAUGGCCAUCUCGAAGAACAAGAGCCACCAGGACUACGACGAGCUCGUGUACCAGCAAGGGGCGUGGCGGCGGCCCGAGAGCAUGCUGCCGGCCCGCAGGACGAAGCCCCGGCCCGGGCCAGGGCAUCAGGGGCAAGCAUCGGGACCCGAGGACACGCCCAGGUCGAGGGACGCGCAGGGAGCCUUCGCAGGACACACCAAUCUCGCCAUGGAGCACAGUAACGGCGCCGACGGACGCGGCAGGGUCACCGUGAGCCACAUAAACGUCCCGACGGGGUACGCGAACGUCCCGUCGGCCCUGGGCAACGUUACAGCGAGCCAUGGCAAAGGACCCGUGAGCUACGCCAGCCCCAGAGGCCCCGCGGCCAUCCCUGACGUCCACAGAGGAGCCGCGGCGGGGGCGGGCGACGCCGGCAGAGGGCGUCCGCGGCACCAUCCCGCCGCCACCGCCACCGCGAGCGGAGGGCGCAGCAGGCUCAACGUGUACGAGUUCCUGAAGGAGGACCGCGAGUACCCGGCGUGGGGCGUGCCGGAAGAGGAACACGAGUCCCAUCAGUUGCAGGCCCCGAUGUUGGCCGGGAGCGAGGACGACUCGAACCGGCGCCGGCCCUUCGAGUUUUUCACGAGCAUCUUCAAGCGACGGCGAGACCAGGAGGCGGUCGACGAGGAACCAACCCCGCCGGACAUAACGCUGCACGUUCUAUUCGAGGAAGUUCUAAUAAAUCCUAGUGACUUCGAUGAAGUUCUAGUAAAUCCCAGUAGAUUCGAGGAAGUUCUAGGAAAUCCCAGUAGAUUCGAGGAAGUUCUAGUAAAUCCCAGUAGAUUCGAGGAAGUUCUAGUAAAUCCCAGUGACUUCGAUGAAGUUCUAGUAAAUCCCAGUGACUUCGAUGAAGUUCUAGUAAAUCCCAGUGACUUCGAGGAAGGUCUAGUAAAUCCCAGUGACUUCGAUGAAGUUCUAGUAAAUCCUAGUGACUUCGAUGAAGUUCUAGUAAAUCCCAGUGACUUCGAGGAAGGUCUAGUAAAUCCCAGUGACUUCGAUGAAGUUCUAGUAAAUCCUAGUGACUUCGAUGAAGUUCUAGCAAAUCCCAAUGACUUCGAUGAAGUUCUAGUAAAUCCCAGUGACUUCGAGGAAGUUCUAGUAAAUCCCAGUGACUUCGAGGAAGGUCUUGUAAAUCCCAGUGACUUCGAGGAAGUUCUAGCAAAUCCCAGUGACUUAGAGGAAGUUCUAGUAAAUCCCAGUGACUUAGAGGAACUUCUAGUAAAUCCCAGUGACUUAGAUGAACUUCUAGUAAAUCCCAGUGACUUAGAGGAACUUCUAGUAAAUCCCGGUAAAUUCUAG